AAACAUAAAAAAAAAAAUUAUUUUUUUUUAUUUUUUAUAUUUAAAUAAUGAUUUAUUAUAUAUAUAUAAAUAACAAGGGUCUAAGAGUCUUUUGCCACUUAAUGAAGAAGGUAUUUUUGAAAAUGUCUCAUUAGUGGUGGUAAAAAUGAAAAGUGAUACUAUAAAAUUGGUAAACAUGUAAUUUCUCCUAUUGAAAAGUUUAUGUUUCAGGGCUGGACUGGACUGGACCGAGUAAGGCUGGAUCUUUGGAUAAUAACGUGACCUGAAUGACCCCUAGGAUCAGAGUAAUAAUAGGGUGUAUCUCUGAAAUAAUAUAGAAAUUAAACAUAAAUUUCCAAGUGGAAAACCCAAUAGUACUAAAGCAUAAUUUAUUUCAAAAUAACACAUAAGACGAUCUCCAAUGGUGCUCUAUAAUUUUUUGUAUUCUUUUUUCUCUAUAAUUUACUCUAUGUAUAACCACUGGAGCAAAUUCAACUCUAUAAUAGAGUUACUCUAUUUUAUAGUGAAAUAAAAAAAAAUAUAUAGUGUACCAUUAUAACAUAAAAUAAAAGUUAAAAAAAAAAUAUUUAUAUUUUGGUUAUUAGGAUUUAGGGUUUAGUAGGAAAUGGGGCCAAGAUAAGGGUUUAAAGUCGAAAGUAAUUUAGUAAAUUUUGAUUAAAUAAUUAAUAUUAUUUUGAAAAAAAUCUGUACGCUAUUUUUAUAUAAUUUUAUUUUUUGCUAUUUAAAUCAUUUAUCUUAAAAAUUGAAAACAAAAUCCAAAUGUUUGCAAGCUCUACAAACAUAAAUUAGUAAUCAUAACAACACGUUAACUAAAAUUUAUUAUUAUUUGAACUCACUAACUGUUUUAUAUUUAAAAUAAUAUAUUAAUUAUUUUUUAUUUGAAUACAUCUGUUUUUUGUUUUCUAAAAUGUAAUACAUAAUCAAUUAUGAGAGAUAUUUUUUGUUAAAAAGGAUUAAUUUAAUUAAAGAGAGAUUUGACUAUUUUUAUUUAGAAAAUAAUACCGACAACUAGUACGCCUCUAGAUUUUAUAACAGUCGCCAUCUCAAGUAGCAGCAUCAUAAGAGAUUUUUCCAACUUCAGGUUCUUUUUCAAAAGCUUUAGACAUCCAGCUUUUUUUUUGGUAAAAUCUUUACUCAAACUUAUUUCAGAAUCUAUCAACAUAUUUUUGAAAAAUUGUAAAUCUUUAUGGUGUAUAUGCUCCUUUUUUUUUGCUAAAAGUGACUAUGCUCCUUGUCAGCAUUAUUCGCUGAUGUUAACAAAUUUUGUUUAGUAUAUCAUGUUUAAUUGAUAAAUUGAAGGUGAAAAAUGCACUCCACCACCUCAUUAAUUAGCUGUAUUCUGUAAUAGUCAAUCAUAAAUAACUAAACAGUUUUUCGAAAUUAAAAUCGUUUUGGACUGAUUCUACUCUUUUUUUGGUCUCCAAAGAUAACAUUAAUAAAAUUAAUAGAAACUUCGCGUAAAUAAUUUUAAUUGUUUUGGUGACUAAUUCUAGUUUCUUUAUGACUGAUUCAAUAACAUAAAAAGAAAUUUCAGUAUCUCAACAAAUUAUUUUAUUUUCAGAAACUUAAUAGAAAACCACUAAUGGGACCACUUCUCCACAUGAACGUAAUACAUAAACUGGAAUGUCAGUUGCGGAGAUGUAUAUUUUUCUCCCAGAGGUUGAUUGUUUCCAGUUUUUGAAGUAGUUUUUGGGUUUUUGUUUUUUCUAAAAACUAUUUUUUAGACAAUCAAGCUUUUAGAGAAAUAGAUUUCCUAUAAUCCAGAAAAAUUAGUUUUUUUCUUCAAAUAACUGUCUUUUAUAAAGAAAAAACUAAAAUCUAAGUUUUUAUGGUUUCUUCCAAAUCUAAUGACAGUUUUUCAAUUUUUUUAUUAUGAUUAAAUUUUUGCUAUAUUUUUGCUUUAAUACAGGAAAACAAAUAAAACAAUAAAUACUAGAAACAAAUCAGAUUUAAUAAAAAAAACAUCUGUUUAAUAUAUAUAAUACAAAAAUAAACUAAUAAGAACAUUUCUAAAACUUGUCAAUAAAAUUAACUUAAGUAUUUAAAUUUACUUUUAUGUAGAGUUUACAUGUUUUGUUAAUAAUCUAUUGGUAUUAUUUAUUGAUUUUUUUGAUUUAUUCUUUUGAUAAUUUAAGUUUGGUUUUUAAAAUCAAUCUAUAAGUGAGAAAAUUUCAAAAUAAAAGAAAACAUUGAUAAAAUUUAGAAAAAUUAAAAUACUUUUAAAAAUAAAAAAUAAAAAAUUUAGAAAUAAAAAAAUCUAAAAUCAAAAACCAAAAUCCAACAUUUUCAAGUUUGUUGUUUAAAAAAAUUUCAUUUAUUUUUAGUACAAAUAAAAAAUUCAUGAUCCAACUUACGUAAGUUUUUUUAAACUAAUCAACAUAAAUUAAUUGCGGAUAAUAGCAUUUUAUUUUUUAUUUUUUCAGAAUAAACAUUUUACUAUUAUUAAUAUAUUUCUUUUUAUUAAUAUUAAAAACAGAAACCAAAAACUUAAACUUAAUUAUAUGCACCGGUGCCAAAAGUUAUUUUAUAGUACAGAUUAUAAUAUUCUUAAGAACACAUAAUAUAGUUUUCAUAAUUUCAAAGGGUCAGCCUUGGCCCCUCUAUUACUAAAUGACCUCUUGGUCUGCCCCUGGGAACGUCUAGAAAAAAUUAUGUGAAAAUCUCAAAGGAAUUUGACAAACCAAAUAUACCAAAGGAAUUGAAACUGUCCAGCAUGAUCUUUUAAUUUAGUAACAUUCUAUAUAAUAUGUUUGUAAUACUGUUUAUAAAUGUUUCGUAAGAAAACAGAGAAAAAAAAACCAAAAAGUCAGACGAACAAAAAUAAUCAUAUAAUCAUAUACUAAUAAGUUCCUUUUACGGCAACAAAAAAAAAACAGUAAACAUAUUAUUUAAGAGAAUGUAAUGACGUGAGAGUAAUUGCGCUAAAACCCCUAUAAAUAUAAGAUUCUUAUUGUGCCAAGAUUUCAUCAAAUUUUGAAAGAGAGUUGAUUUGAGAAUAAAUUGACGAAACAACUCCCGAUUUCCUAUCAGAAUCAAAAGAAAUGCCAGGUUCUUCAGCUAGUUCCUCAGGACAAGCCGCAGCUAGUUCUUCAGGACAAGCCGCAGCUAGCUCUUCAAGACUAGUACCAGGUUUUUUAAAUAGCUCACUACUGUUUCUUUUCCAGUGAAACUGGGUUUUCAUCAUCUCGUUACUACUUAAGCACUUGUGGCGACUCUGUGUAAGAACACAGACGCAUGUUUCUUCCACGUCAACGGUUUGCAUGUUGUAGUUCUUAUAACUUGUUUUCAACGUUAGGUUCCGUUUGCAUAUGGAUGUGGAUGCGCAUAUAAAUGCAUCGUCCAUAUUCAGUAUCAAAUAUUAUUAAACCGUAUAAUUUUGCAUCUGAGUAUAUUUUAAGGGAAAUAGCCAUAAAAAAACACUAAAUUUUUUUUUGUCAAAAAUAUAGACUCGCGUGAUCAAAAUGACCAAAAUAUUUCAUUAAAGAAGAAAUAUACACGUAUAUGCUUAUGAUUAACUAAUCCAAACCUUAAGGUUUAGAGUUAAGGGAUGAAGAUUUGAGAUUGAAAUUUAAAACUUUAUAAAUAAAAAAUAAAUAUUAAAAAUUUGAAAAUAAAAAUUUUAAAAAUAAUUUCACAAAGUAUUUUCGAAUUACAAUAAGAAAUUUGAAAAAAAAAUUCAAAAAAAAAUUUCAAAAUAUUUUUUUUUAUAAAAAAGUUCGAAUUUGAAAACAUAUAAUCUAAAAAUAUUUAUUUUUUUUAAUUUUUUAUAUAUAUCUAGGGUACUAGAGUCUUUUUACCUAUUAAAUGGAACAUUUUAGUUAUUUUCUUCCUUGUGGUCUAUUUUUGUGACCAAAACUUAAAAAUGGUCUAUUUAGGAAAAUUGCCUUUUUAAUAUGGAUGUAACUUGUUCGCUUGUUAUUUUCAUAAAAUUACCAGUUCAUAAAUGCAAUUCCUUUUUAACUGGUUAAUUAUUUUCUUAUUUCAUGUGCGGUUUGUAAUUUUUAGGUCAAAAUUGUGAAUGUUCACAGUUAGAAUCAAUAGGCCUGGUUGAUUUGGAAAACAUCAUGAACCGGCGGCAAAAUGCAACAACGAGAAUCGACGUAUUCGAGUCACCAUUGCAAAAAGCAUGUACUUGCAGUCAACUGGAGAUCGUCAAGCUACAAUUGCAAGAAAUGACGUGGCCUAACCAGACGUCGGAGAGUUUAGCGGUCGAUAUUGCUGCUGGUAAUGGCGAUUUAGUGACUGUUAAGAACUUGUGCAAUGAAAAAAAUCUUGGGCUGGUUAGUGAAAAGCGUCCAGCUGGCUGUAAGCUAGCUGUACCGGUUGUGCGGGCUUCAAAUGCAGGGCACAAAAAGGUCACUCGCCAUCUUUUUGAUCUGACACCUCUUGACGUUUUGAUGCAUGAAGACGGAUAUUGGGCUACAUGUCUCCUUCUUGACGCCAUUUUCUAUGGAUUUCUCGGUAAGUCUUUAUAUUUAAAAAUUGUCAUAAAAUUUUGGUUUCAUGGAUUGCUAGACAUUGUGUUGGAGUUAUUCGAAAAAGUCCGGAAAGAUGUCGAUCCAGUCGUUUCAAAGAAAGUCCCGUAUCUGGCAGCGACUAAUUACUCCAGUCAAAGGUCGUCUCCGCUUAGGUUGUUAGCUUUGAAACCUGACUUGUUUCGUAGCCACGACGAUCUUGGACUUUGGAAAAGCCUCGUCUAUACUUGUAUGUAUCCACCUUCACAAUUCAUCACCCUCCUUUUCUGUCUCUCUUCAUUGAAAUCUUGCAAACUAUGUUUUUUCUUUGAGAUAGGAUUCAAGCAAAUAUAUGAACUUAAAGAUAAACAUCUUAAAGCUGAUACUUUGCUACGAUUAAUGUGCAAAUCUGCCAAAGAGAUACGAGACCCCGUUAAUGAUAAGAGUUGGAGAGAUAUGAUCUAUGAAGCACUACUUGAAGCAGUGGAGAAUGGGAACAAGGAAUUUUUCAUCGAGAUAAUUAAAUAUAACCCUCAACUUCUUUGGAUCUUUGAAGCUGUCUCUGGCCGAAACCUCUUUCAGCUGGCCGUUGUAUUCAGGAAGGAGAAGAUCUUUAAUCUCAUACAUGGCUUAGAUAAUAGAAAGGUCGCGCUACUUAGAUCUCUCGACAAAGAUAACAACAACAUCCUCCAUAUAGUCGCUUAUCUAUCUCCUCGACCAGACCAUCUAUCCAAGAUUUCAGGAUCUGCCCUAAAGAUGCAAAGAGAGAUUCGAUGGUAUAUGGAAGUAAAGAGCUUGGUAUCAGAACGUGAAGUGGUGCAAAAAAAUAACGAGAAGAUGACACCACGGCAAGUAUUCGAAGUGUCUCACGAGCCUCUAAGAAAAGAAGGAGAAGAAUGGAUGAAAUACACAGCCACUGCUUGUAGCUUCGUGGCCGCUCUCAUUGCAACCGUCACCUUUCAAGCCAUAUUCACUGUGCCUGGAGGUUAUGAUGAGACGUUGGGCAAGCCUCUUCUUCUUAGAGACUUGCAUUUCACGGCGUUUAUCAUUUCAGACAGUCUCGCCUUCUUCACCUCUUGCACCUCUGUGCUCAUAUUCCUCAGCAUUUUGACCGCAAGAUACUCUUUUGAUGACUUCAUUGUAUCGCUUCCUAGAAAGAUGAUAUUUGGUCUAGCCAUCUUAUUCUUCUCCAUCGCAUCGCUGCUUGUUGGAUUCAUCACUGCUCUUUCCUCAACGAUGCGUCAAAAGCCAACGCUUGUAGUCCCCAUGAAGCCACUCGCUGCCCUCCCUGUCCUUCUCUUCUUGAUGUUGCAGUAUCCUCUUCUCAAGGAGAUGAUUUCUUCCACGUAUGGCAAAAGACUCUUCCACCGCGAUACAAAAAGUUGGCUAGAACUUCCUGGACAAGAUCAACAUGCUAAUGUAACUUCCGUUUAUGUAGGAUCUUCACAUAGUCAACACUCAGUUAACAGUCAUCGAAGCCAGUAGGCAGUACUGAUAGUCAAGUUUCCUUCCUUGUUGUGUUAAAGGUUACUAAUCUAUUGUACG